GAUGAGUUAUAACAGGCCAUCAUAUCCUCUUAUCCACUGAUGAUUUGAUUGGCACUGAAUUCUCUGGCUUUCAUGUAACUGAGCUAGCUGCCACGCAUUUAUAAACCAGCUAUCCAAUGCAUGCACUCCUACAUUGUAAUACAACUGAGCCAGGUCCUUAGGUCCUCUCAUUUGUCCCUACAGUUCUGCUCAUAUCCACGACACGCCCCUGCGGCCAUCACUGGAGAUAGCAACACAUGCAUGAGCCUGGUGUUAGUCGCGAUCAUGUCACAUAUUGUGCUUCUGGCCACAUCGGCGAGUUGUGUGUCCGUCGAUCAUCAUGCGUGAGUCCUGCUUCAGAGGUGAAUCCAGCUCAUUUGCCAUAUACCUGAGAGAUAGAAACCCAGUCCUUUCCGGCAGUAUUUA